AAGCAGAAGCAUGUCACUACCGCAUGCUUGAAUUGCCGUAACCGCAAGAUUAAGUGCGAUGCAGUUACACCAUCGUGCAGUAAUUGUGUUCUCUAUUCACAAAAGUGUGUCUAUCAACAUGGCGUAGACAAGCGAAAGAUACCGAUUAAGGAACGGUUGCUUGCGGUUGAAGCGUACGCGAAAGAGCUGGAAACUCUCCUAAUCGAGAAUGGCAUCCCAUUACCAGGCGAGCAACGUUCUCUGUCACCACCUACGACAGGAUUAGAAACGCCCAUACUUCCUUCAGCAUCUAGGAAGAACUCUAAGCCUCCCAUUGCCUCAAACCUAGACCUGGCGAAACCGAAUACGUCAUUUCACUCCCCCCCAGCUGAAGGUUCAUCGCCUCUCGUCGACCAACUCACCGGUAGCUUAGGGUCACUGCAGCUUGCUGAAGAUGGGCAGUUACGAUUUUAUGGUGCUACAUCGAACCUGCACUUGCUCGUAGCAGGAGCCCGGAGUUCGAAUGUCGCAAAAUCAUUAGCUGACCCGAUGGCAAUCCAAUCCACGCUGGACGCGGCUGGGGUGGGCCAUUACGUUGAUCCGGAGCUUGAGGAUCAUCUCAUCAAGUUGUACUUUUGCUGGGAAGACCCGAGCAUUCACCUUGUCCAGGAGGAUGUGUUCUAUCGCGAACGCCAGUAUUGCAAGGCGAACAUGGAACCAAGCAAGCUGUAUUCCGAAGUACUGGUCAAUUCCAUGUGUGCCGUGGGUGCAUCCUUGACUUCACGACACUGCGUUGAGCUUCCCGAAUCCUUGGUGGACUUCUUUUCUGCCCGUGCACGAGCACUUCUUGAUGUAGAGUUGGACUCGCCGACGUUAUCUACUGUUCAAUCUCUUGGUAUUCUCAGCGGUGUUGAGUCCAUCAGUACUCGCGAUGCCCGCGGCUGGCUUUAUAGCGGCAUGGCUGUUCGCCUUGCACUCGACCUUGGUCUUCAUCUAGACAAUGAAGUAUACGUGGAUGCGGGGAUCCUAAGUCCCGAAGAAGCUACACUUAGGCGCGUGGUGUUCUGGGGAGCUUUCAUUCAUGAGAGAAUGUGGUCCCUUUAUCUCGGACGGCCUGUCUCACUCGAUGAGGCAGCAAUUACAAUUUCCCCAUAUGUGGCCACCACGACGGAACCAAAAUACUGGCAACCUUACGUCGACGAGUAUGAGGACUUUGAAUAUCCGCCUUUACUUGAUCCUAUCGAAGAGCUUAAUAGGCACAACGCAACACUGUGCGCAAAGAUGACACGUAUUCGAGAGUCACUGUACUCUGAUGCAAUUGUUUCAACACUGGGUGCUCAACAGCUUCACGACUUUGCCUCUAGUAUGCGAGCAGAGCUCCUGGAGUGGCAAAGAUCUUUGCCCGAGUGUCUCAAUGUUGAUCUCACAUCAGUCACCACGUUUUGUGUGCCGCAUGUAUUACAACUUCACAUGCAGUAUCAUACAUGCAUGAUCUUGGUUAACCGCCCUUUUUUUGCAGCCAGUAUUGCAACAUUGCCAGAUGUGGCAUUUUCAGAUCCCAUGGUUGGAAGACCGGCAUGUACCGAUUCAGCGAGAGCAAUCUCUAGGCUACUACAAAUAUACAGAAGGCUGUAUAGUUUUCGUCGAAUUAACAUCCAGGUGGUUCACCUCAUCUUUACAGCCAGUCUUGUACACGUUUUGAACGCCUGCGAGGCAGUGGAACCGUCUUUGAGAAACUCCGCCUGGAAAGAUCUGGAAGUAUGCCAACAAGCGCUCUCUGAAUUGUCAAAAGGAUACAAAAGUGCAACGAGGGCACUC